GAUGAUGCCUCCUACGAAGUCAUGAAGAUUGACAUCGAGGUCGAAGCGCCCAGUGACCCGCCCACCACACAGCUAGUCACAUGGCAGGUUGAAUACCCAGGAGAGAUCACGUCUGACCUGGGGGUGUCCAAGAUCUACGUGAGCCAGAAGGACUUGAUUGGAGUCAUACCACUAGCCAUGGAGGCAGAGAUCCUGAACACGGCCAUCCUCACUGGGAAGACAGUGGCUGUCCCUGUGAAGGUGAUCUCAGUAGAGGAGGAUGGCACAGUACAAGUUCUGUCGGACUCGGUGGAGUGCAGGUCAUCCGAUGAAGAUGUGGUUAAGGCAAGUGGAUAGUUCCUUACCCAUGUGGAAGCCCAUAGCUACGUGGGCAUGGGUGUUUAUCCCCACCGGGGAUCUG